AGUUGAUACACAACCUUGCGCACCUAGAAAAACUUGAACAAUACUAAUACAGAGCAAGACCGGGCUUCUUUCCAACAUGCUUUCUGCUAUCGAGAGUUCAGCAUCAGACUUGGAUUCACUGCCAGAUAACUUGGUUUUGGAGGAGACUUUCAGAAAAGUCGCCAAACUCGACCCCAUUGAUUUUGAUCAAUGUGGGGACGUGUUGAAGUUCCUUACGGAGCCAAACCCUGAGCAAGAGUCUGCGGAGUUUUCUGAUGUUUAUUAUGGGGUAUACUCGACAGUAGAGCACAUCAUCGAAGAGAAUGAUACAGUACCAGGAAGGUCAAGAUUGAGUUACUUCAAGGACAAACACAUCCUCCUGGUCGAAAAGUUCACCAGUAUUCACGAAGUUCCAUUCCUUCACCUGGAUUCAAUAUUCUGUGGUUUUUUACAUGGUCUCCAUCGCCAUGACUCGGACUACUCUGUGUACGCCACAGUAUCCAGGGUCCUUACGCUGCUCUAUGCAUCUGCUGUUCCAGACCUGUCGAUUACGAUGAAUGUGAUCACCAAGAAUAGGAUUCAUGAGCCCAAGGUCCUUGUCGUCGGGGAAUGUGCAUUCGCCCAGGACACAGAUUCUGUUCUUCGGAAAAUCAAAUAUGAAAUCGCCUCCCAUCCAGAAGUCUUGAUGGUCAUAAUGGUUGUGAUUGAAGAACAUCAACCAUAUCGCUCACCUGGACGUAUGUCAGAAGCAUGGCAGAUGCUACUCCAGGACAAUCUUUCACGCUCUUCAUUCCUUUCGCUUCAAGGUAUUGCAGCACAAUCUCUUGAUCAACCCGUCGUAGUCGCAGGCCAUACAUGGUGUCACCUCGCAUCUGUUCGAUUUCACGUUUGGGUCCGGGGAGACGAGCCGAUCAACAUUGAUGUUGACAAUGAAUUGUUGGCACGUGGCACCUUGUUUCCGAAACGAGAUAUGGAUGCGGUCGACACCAUGAUCGAGAAGGGCAUGGUGAUGAUGCGGGACUGUCUUGCAACUGUCUGCCAGAAGGUAGCUCCAGGCAGCAACAUUUGUGCCAUCCGAGAAUCCGGUGUUACUUUCUGUCCAAAUUGGAAUCAUUUGUUGAGGAACCUGAAACGUGCAGUCGACGGAACCGCCUAUGGCCGAUACCACUCAUGGUAUAAGUCAUCCUCGUGAAGCACAUCCACCCUCGAUCACCGGACGCGCUCGUAACCAGUGUGAAGGCAAGCAAGGACCCUCAUGUGUGGAUCAUGACAAUAUUCGUUGGUUAUGUAGAGCCAAAGGUCCUAAUUUUACACCAUACCGUACUCUCGAUCGGCCCGUUUUUCUGUAUAGAGGCCACCGUCCUCGCACCAGUGUUUACAUCACAAUCUAAUC